AUGACACUGAUGAGAAGACUGAUCCCACUGUGAGCGAACGUCACAGACGUUUCCCUUGUAAAAACAAGAGCAGCUCGGACACCUGAAAGGGAUGUGAUGCUGUAGCCUGACAUUUUUUGGUGCUAGUACUCGAUAAUAUCUGGAGGAUGGACUGCCGGGGAGUUCUGCCUGCGAUAUGCGCCGCUUUUUUCAUAGGCAUGGUGGUGAGCCAGACAACACUUUCUCCCGCUGUGAUGAACACCACUCUCAUGGAGAAUGUGACCAGUCUGACUAUAACUCCCGUGAUUCUGAGCAGCACUACCCCAGGCUGCUUUGCAUUCAAUACUUCUACUUGUGAGCCCUGUGCUCCAGGAUCGCAGUACGACAACAACACCCUGCUGUGUGUGUGCUGCUCUGACCCUGGGCUGUGUCUAUUUCCUGGAGCAUGUCUGCCAUGCUCCAGAGGAUUCUAUCAGCCGUUAGCAGGACAGCAGCAGUGUCUGCCCUGCAACCGGGGCUUCUAUACAAAUUUCACUGGAAGUCCAUUAUGUCAACCCUGCGCUCCUGGAUCCUUCAACAAUAACACUGGAGGAGACAGUUGCACAAGUUGUUCACCAGGGUUUUUUUCAUCGCAGCAGAGCUCCACUUCAUGUGCACCGUGUGCACUGGGACGUUUUUGCAACUCCUCUGGUUGUAGCCAGUGCCAGAUGUGUCCUGCAGGAAAAGAAGCUCUACAGACUGCCUCUAAAGACUGCACACCGUGUCGACCAGGCAUGCACAAGGCUCCCCAUCAGACUAUGUGUCAAAUCUGCGGCAGUGGCUUCUUCCAGGUCCACUGGGGUCAGGAGAGCUGUGAUGUAUGCCCAGAGAAUCACUACUGCCCUAGUCCAGACGUGAACCCCAUUCAGUGUCCCAGCGAUGCGUUUUGUCCAGAGGGCAGCUUGUCUCCAGGGUACUGCAUGGAGACUUUCUUCCGCAAAGAAGGAGACACUUGUGAAUUGGCUCCCGUCACUAUUGCUCUUUUAGUUAUUGGAGGAGGGGUGACCCUACUCUUCAUCAUUUUAAUGGUCUUACGUCGACGGAGAGACACUGAUGGAGAGCUAACUGUAGCCCGAGCUCCAUUGUUGCGCAAAGAGCGACCUCAAGGUCGAUACUAUGGGAUGCCCUGUGAUGCAGAACCUGUAUAUGCUGGUUGGUGAACCAAAGGACAUCAUCUUAGCUUGUCUAAGUGCUUGGUAAGAUAAAACCAACUGAAGUAUUAUCUACAUUUGGGUCCCAACUCAAAAAAGGACUGAUAGAGGAAGACUGAUGGUGAAACACUGGACUAAGAGCACUGCCUUGACAGUACUUUGACAAUCUACUAGCUUUUUGUGGUACAUUUGAAUAUAUUUUUGAGAAACAGAGGUUUUUGUGAAUUCUUGUAGUUUGACACUGUUACAGUUGUUCCACUCAGAGACAAACACGCUCCUUUCAUAAACUAGAUUAUUGGAUUAUGAGAGGUAUGCUGGAACGAUGAAAAUGAGCUGUGUGCCUUAACUUGGUGGGAACCUCUCUGUCUUAUGAAAAGCACGUUUUUUAACAGAGGUAAUUGAUUUACUUUGCGUAUGUUUUGGUGGAGAUGCUUGCAUUAACUUGUGUAGUUCCACAGUUACAGAGAGGUGUAAACUGGUUUGUGCCUUGUGUUUUUAAAUAUUAUUAUAUAUUUGAUUACAGCACAUUGUGUUGUCUGUAGUUAGUUGAUACCUUUGCUUAAUGUUUUUCAUCUGCUAUUUUGAGGGUUAUAUUUGUAUGUUUUAAAGGAAAAUAAAUAAAAAUGAUUGGUGAC